AUGGCCAAGGGGGAGGGGCCGGCGAUCGGGAUCGACCUGGGCACAACGUACUCGUGCGUCGGCGUCUGGCAGCACGACCGCGUCGAGAUCAUCGCCAACGACCAGGGGAACCGCACCACGCCGUCGUACGUCGCCUUCACCGACACCGAGCGGCUCAUCGGCGAUGCUGCCAAGAACCAGGUCGCCAUGAACCCCACCAACACCGUCUUCGACGCGAAGCGGUUGAUUGGUAGGAGGUUCUCGGACCCGUCCGUGCAGAGUGACAUGAAGCUAUGGCCGUUCAAGGUCGUGGCUGGCCCUGCCGACAAGCCGAUGAUCGUGGUCAGCUACAAGGGCGAGGAGAAGCAGUUCUCCGCCGAGGAGAUCUCCUCCAUGGUGCUGAACAAGAUGAAGGAGAUCGCCGAGGCCUACCUCGGCUCCACCAUCAAGAACGCCGUGGUCACCGUGCCUGCCUACUUCAACGACUCCCAGAGGCAGGCCACCAAGGACGCCGGCGUCAUCUCCGGGCUCAACGUGAUGCGUAUCAUCAACGAGCCCACCGCCGCGGCCAUUGCCUACGGGCUCGACAAGAAGGCCACCAGCAGCGGCGAGAAGAACGUGCUCAUUUUCGACCUCGGUGGUGGCACCUUCGAUGUGUCGCUCCUGACCAUCGAGGAGGGCAUCUUCGAGGUGAAGGCCACCGCCGGUGACACACAUCUGGGUGGGGAGGACUUCGACAACCGCAUGGUCAACCACUUCGUGCAGGAGUUCAAGCGCAAGCACAAGAAGGACAUCAGCGGCAACCCGCGCGCGCUGCGGCGUCUGCGGACGGCCUGCGAGCGGGCCAAGCGCACGCUGUCGUCCACCGCGCAGACCACCAUCGAGAUCGACUCGCUGUACGAGGGCAUCGACUUCUACACCACCAUCACCCGCGCCCGGUUCGAGGAGCUGAACAUGGACCUCUUCCGCAAGUGCAUGGAGCCCGUGGAGAAGUGCCUCCGCGACGCCAAGAUGGACAAGAGCAGCGUGCACGACGUCGUGCUCGUGGGCGGCUCCACCCGCAUCCCCAAGGUGCAGCAGCUGCUGCAGGACUUCUUCAACGGCAAGGAGCUCUGCAAGAGCAUCAACCCCGACGAGGCCGUGGCGUACGGCGCGGCUGUCCAGGCCGCCAUCCUGAGCGGCGAGGGCAACGAGAAGGUGCAGGACCUGCUCCUGCUCGACGUCACCCCGCUGUCCCUGGGCCUGGAGACGGCCGGCGGCGUGAUGACCGUGCUGAUCCCUCGCAACACCACCAUACCGACGAAGAAGGAGCAGGUGUUCUCCACCUACUCCGACAACCAGCCCGGGGUGCUGAUCCAGGUGUACGAGGGAGAGCGCGCCAGGACCAAGGACAACAACCUCCUUGGCAAGUUCGAGCUGUCCGGCAUCCCGCCGGCGCCCCGCGGCGUGCCCCAGAUCACGGUGUGCUUCGACAUCGACGCCAACGGCAUCCUGAACGUGUCUGCGGAGGACAAGACGACGGGGCAGAAGAACAAGAUCACCAUAACCAACGACAAGGGGCGGCUGAGCAAGGAGGAGAUCGAGAAGAUGGUGCAGGAGGCGGAGAAGUACAAGGCGGAGGACGAGGAGCACAAGAAGAAGGUGGACGCCAAGAACUCCCUGGAGAACUACGCGUACAACAUGCGCAACACCAUCAAGGACGACAAGAUCGCCUCCAAGCUGGGCGCGGACGACAAGAAGCGCAUCGAGGACGCCAUCGACGGCGCCAUCAGCUGGCUGGACAGCAACCAGCUCGCGGAGGCGGAUGAGUUCGAGGACAAGAUGAAGGAGCUGGAGAGCAUCUGCAACCCCAUCAUCGCCAAGAUGUACCAGGGCGCUGGCGCGGACACGGGCGGCGCCGCGGGCAUGGACGAGGACGCACCGGCCGGCGGCAGCAGCGGCGCUGGCCCCAAGAUCGAGGAGGUCGACUAA